AUGCCAGCUUCCCCCCGACCAGAGUUUCAUGUGUCUCAUCUGAAACACGACACAAACAGAGAUGGACUAAGAGGCAUCAAGACUGAUGAAGGCUUCAGGAACCCAGGCAGAGGCUCUCUGCUGUGGUGGAGUCUGGCUGUGGGACCUGAUGAGAUAGCGUCAGCUGAGAGGAGGCUCCUGGAGACGACCUUCCCGGACCGGACGGAGGAGCAGGUCCAGAAGCAGCAGAGCUUCCUGGAGAAGUUUACCACCUCCCCGGCCUUCGAGCAGACCUCCAGGCUGGGCUCGUACCGCUUCACCUUCCCCCUGGAGGAGGUGCUGAAGGCCUACAGAGAGCAGUUUUGCAGCGGCGCUCAGCCCGUCAUGCGGGUGUCCGAGACCGUCCUGUACAAACAGGAAGUGAUGUACGUUGUGCUGGUCCACAGCCCAGCCAAUCAGGAGCGGUUCUCUAAAUAUCCUUUGCUGACUGACGACCCAAACUCUGUCUGCACCUACAGAGACGGCUGCUUCAUCUGGAGGCCUGAGGCCAUGAGUGAGACACACAGGUAUAAGUUGGUCCUGAGACGUGAUGAAAUGCAGAUGGACGCUGUGCCGGUGACGUCUUGCCCUCAGUUUUACGUUUGGGAUCAUGUUGCAGUCGCCUUGCAUGUGGAUGAACAGGUGCUGAACUUUGACGCUGACCGACUGAGAGAGAACCUCACGUGGUGCGAUGAAGGAAUCGCUGCAAUCAGUCACAGUUUUAAUAAUUUCCCAGAAGCUGAAAAGUUUGUUAGAGAAUUAUGGUCCGACAAUCCCUCACCACUGCAGAAAGCUUGACAGCUAAAUUAAGGGAGUCUGUUGUUGUUAUGUUGUUCAAUAAUUGGGGUAAAUUUCAAGUACAUUGAUGAUACUGAUAUUUUCUUCUAAAAGAUCAUAUUUUAGUGAAGGGUAAGCAUAUUAUAGAAUCAGGGCCUUGGC